ACUAACCUCACUAAAAUGUGUUGGACUGGGAAGUAUGGUUUAAUAUAGUAAUGACUGGGUGGUAAUAACAUGUCACUAAUACCACUCCUACCUCAGCCUCUCUCCUGUCCUGCAGUGUUUCUCUUCCCAUUUCUCUUAGCAUAUCUAGUCAAACGCAAAUCACUCUGCACGGGAUGUUGGGAGGAAGACGUUUUGAUUCCAAAAGAGGAAUGUUAGAUUCCAAAAGCAUCCUCUUCCUCACAGUUGUACAUUUGAAACCAUGUUCACUGUGGUGAGGUUAUUCUAGUAUUACAGAACGUCUCAGCUGGUUGUUCUUGAUGUGAAAUAUUAUAUUUAGCCUAGAACCCUAGAUAAUUGAGUGUGUUGUCUAUAAUACGAUGCUCCAGUACUUUUGUGUGCUUUUAGACUGAAUGUGAACCAAUUCACCGUGCCCUAACACCUCCCCUCUCGCUAACCCCCCCCCCCCCUCCUGCCUACCUACCUCUGGUGCUAGCCUACCUCAACCCCCGACCAUCAACACCCUUAUCCCAAUUGCCCCCUCCAUCUCUCCCCCUGUCUGUCUUUCUCUGAAGCCUGUUCAUGAGUAGGAUAAGGACCUGGAGUUUUUCCUGCCAGGUCACAUGGUCAGGAGGACAAACUCCUGGUCCUAUUCAUGAGGGUCAGUCUGAACUAGAUGAGAACGCCCAGAAGCAGGAGGAAGACCUGGGAGUCCUGUUCACUGACAAGUUCCUCGGCGACUCUGAGAACGUGACACUACUACUGACUCUGUUAGAGGAGUUUGACUUCCACGUGCGGUGGCCAGGAGUGAAGCUGCUCACCGCUCUGUUGAAGAACCAGUGUAACCAGGUCCAGGGAGUCAUCCUGGUCAGCCCUAUGGGUGUUUCUAGACUGAUGGACCUAUUAGCUGACUCCAGAGAAGUCAUCCGUAAUGAUGGUCUCCUGUUGCUGCAGCAGCUGACCAAAGGCAACGCGGCCAUCCAGAAGAUCGUGGCGUUUGAGAACGCUUUCGAGCGUCUCCUAGAUAUCAUAACAGAGGAGGGCAGCAGUGAUGGAGGUAUCGUAGUGGAGGACUGUCUCCUGCUGCUCGUCAACCUGCUGAAGAACAACAGCUCCAACCAGAACUUCUUCAAGGAGGGCUCCUACAUCCAGAGGAUGAAGCCCUGGUUCGAGGUGGGAGACGACAACUCUGGCUGGUCCGCCCAAAAGGUCACCAACCUCCACCUCAUGCUGCAGUUGGUGCGAGUCAUGGUCUCCCCGGUCAACUCUCCUGGAGCCACCAGUAGUUGUCAGAAGUCAAUGUACCAGUGUGGCCUGCUGCAGCAGCUCUGCACCAUCCUCAUGGCCACUGGUGUGCCUGCUGACAUACUCACUGAGACCAUCAACACUGUAUCGGAGGUGAUCCGCGGCUCACAGAUCAACCAGGACUACUUUGCAUCUGUCAACGCUCCCUCCAACCCCCCAAGACCUGCCAUAGUGGUGCUGCUGAUGUCCAUGGUCAACGAGAGGCAGCCGUUCGUGCUGCGCUGUGCCGUUCUCUACUGCUUCCAGUGUUUUCUCUACAAGAACCAGAAGGGCCAGGGGGAGAUCGUAGCCACCCUACUGCCCUCCACCAUCGACGCCAACUCCAUCUCGGCGGGCCAGCUGCUGUGCGGGGGCCUGUUCUCGGCUGACUCCCUGUCUAACUGGUGUGCUGCAGUGGCCCUGGCCCACGCCCUGCAGGACAACCUGACCCAGAAAGAGCAGCUCCUCCGGGUGCAGCUGGCCACCAGCCUGGGCAAGCCCCCCGUUUCCCUGCUGCAGCAGUGCACCAACAUCCUCUCACAGGGGGAUAAGAUCAACCGGAGGGGCAGUAAAGUGCAGACGCGGGUCGGUCUCCUCAUGCUGCUUUGUACCUGGAUCAGUAACUGUCCCAUCGCUGUCACACACUUCCUGCACAACCAGGAGAACGUCCCCUUCCUGACAGGUCAGAUCUCUGAGAACCUGGGGGAGGAUGAGAGGCUGGUGCAGGGCCUUUGUGCCCUCCUAUUGGGUAUCUGCAUCUACUACAACGACAACUCUCUGGAGAACUACACAAAAGAGAAGCUGAAGCAGUUGAUCGAGAAGCGCAUUGGGAAGGAGAACUUUGUGGAGAAGCUGGGCUUCGUCACUAAACACGAGCUGUACUCCCGUGCUGCACAGAAGCCCCAGCCCGUCUUCCCCUCCCCUGAACAGAUGCUGUUUGACCACGAGUUCACCAAGCUGGUCAAAGAACUGGAAGGCGUGAUAACGAAAGCGGUCCACAAGACGAGCGAGGAGGAGAAGAAGGAGGAGGAGGUGAAGAAGACUCUGGAGCAACACGACAGCAUCGUCAUCCAGUACAAAGAUCUCAUCAGAGAUCAGGACACCCAGAUCCAGGAGCUGAGGGAGCAGGUUUCCACCCUGUCUCUGAACAGUGAACAGAUGCAGAAUCAGAUCACACAGCAGCAGUCCCAGAUCCAGCAACACAAAGACCAGUACAACAUCCUAAAGCUGAAACUAGGUAAAGACAGCCAGGGUCUGUCCUCCAGCCAUGGAGAGGGAGCUCACGUUAACGGGCUCCACUCAGAGGAGCUGAGCCAGCUCAGAGAGGAGGUGGAGGAGCUCCGCAGACAACACACACUACAACACACACAGCUCAGCGACAAGGACUCACUCAUCAACACACUGAGGUGCGGGGCGGCAGCAGCAGCACAGACAGCAGAAGGUGGAGCGGGAGGGUCCGACAACACAGAGCUUCUCGGGGAGGUGGAGUCGUUGAGGAGUCGUGUCCAGGCUCAGUGUGCAGAGAUCAGCCAGCUGCAGACAGAGAGACUGGAGCUCAUCAGGAGAGCUGAGGCAGUGUCCUCGGCCCCGGCCUCCAGCAGUGAGAGCUCGGCAGACACAGUUACAGUAUCUGAACUGGAGAGCAGGCUGGCUGCUCAGACCACAGAGGCAGAGAGACUUAAGGAGGAGUGUCGGGGCCUGAGGGAGGGCCAUGCGGGGCUAGAGCAGCAGUUGGCGUCGGCCCAGAGCACGGUGGCCAUCGAGCAGACGGAGAAGACCAAGCUGCAGCAGGAGGUGCAGGAGUCCAAGAAGGAACAGGACGACCUCCUCAUGCUGCUGGCCGACCAGGACCAGAAGAUCCUUAACCUCAAGCAACGUCUCAGAGACCUGGGAGAGACGAUUGAUGAAGACGAAGAUGAGAUAGACGCCCGGGACCAAUUCGGUGAAGAUGACGACGAUGAUGAUGAUGAGGAGGAGGAUGAAGAGAACAAUGACUAGAGAGUUCUAGAGGGAUGGAAAUGUGGCAGACUCAAGGCAACAAAGACAUUGCUGCAUUAGCCAUGUUCUAAUACACUAUUAGAAAAAUGGAAGAAUGGACCUAGAUGGAUUGCUCUCUAUCGCUCCAACCCACCAUGCUACCUUCUUCUUUACUCCACCCCUCCCUUCAUCCCUCGAUCGCAUCAUCCAUUUUAAUGUUUAGUUCAUUUUAUUACAAGAUGGUGACAAAGAUCCCCCCCCCCCCCCCAAAGAAAUGUGCAGUGUGUUCAUCUCUGCCAUCUUCUACCACAUAAACAGAGCAGAGACACUUCUUCAUGCAUUUCAAGCCUUUUUGUUUCUGCUACAGUAGCGCCAUGUUAGGCCUAUGCAGUUAUUGAUUCAAUAACCAGGCUUAGUCUCGACUUUACCACAGUGUCGCCACUCAGAGGAACGAGCAGAAUUACAGAAAAUAACGGACGGAGAAGACGGACGGAUGUACGGACACCACGCAGUCGGACGAACGGAUGCCCUCUUUGACCGCCUCUUUCGUUGCCAUAGUAACUGCACUGUAGACCACCAGUUGAAGACCUGUAAGGGUCCUUGAGGCUCAACGUCCUCGAUGACCCCCCCCCCCCACACCACAAAUGUAUCUGUGUAUACACUCUCCCUCUUGGCACCAGUUCAGUCAGUGUUCUAUCAUAACUGUUUCCAAUAUGAGCUUGACCCCUCAGCUACAGUACUGCUCUGCAAUAUGCUGCAACGUUCUCUGAUGAUAGAAAAAGAUGUAAAAGAGAUAUUUUUGCAACUUUUGGCAAGUGACCUGACGUCCAGCUUCUGUGUGAUUGUUGUAACUUAUCAAUUUAUGAGCCACAUUGAAAUAAAUAAAAUGAUCUAUAAAUCUGUACAGCCUGUAGGAAUACUUGUGAAUACUUACUAUACACUUUGACUAAAUCUGUUUCAUAGAUGAAAACGAGGGAUUUUUCAUUUCACUUCAACAGUAUUUUAUGUCAUUUCAAAAGUGGUGUUAACUUAAGAAGUAGCUGAACUUUUUAAACCAACAUUUAAACCAACUAAACUACUAAAGUAGCUCUAUAAACCCACAGGGCUGGUUUCUGCCUGUUAUUUUAAAGACUUAAAAGUUUCCUCAUAUUUUUGCCUAUUGAUUCUAUACAUAUUACAUUAGUCUUAUGCCAAAGUGAAUUCUUUGUGUGAAUACAUACUGAUUCUGAAUAGACAUUUGACCGUAAUUGUUGAUAUAAGAAAUAUUGACCAUCCAUCUGGGUUCCGCUUUGAAACUUUUUGUGUUUGAAGAAUGAGAUGUAAAAAUGUAUUUCAUUUUAUAGCUCUAAUUAAUUUCACCGUUUUGGUGUGAAACACUUUAGUAAAAUUAUAAGCUAGAAGAAAAUAGCCUGAAAUCCAAAUUGAUGUGCUCUGUUUUCCUAUUGAGCAUAUCAGUUAGGAUGGCUGGCUAAAGAGAAAUACUACAGUACUUCAAUAUUUGCAAUAUGGAGUUUAUCGCAUUUACUAGGGAAAGAAUUUAAAAUAUUUAGCUUUUGCAAUAUUGAAUUUAAGUAGCAUUUUUUUUGUUCCUUUUCGGACAAGUCACAAUGACAUCCAGAUCUAGACCCCUAAUCUGAACAGUGCCAUUGUUUGUGUCUGGCCUGCAUAAAGUUUCAGUUUUUUGAUUAACUGCA